UGUAAGUUACUGGCAAUAUCCAAUGAGCUGGAGGGCCGUCAGAAAAGAGCUUCAACUGUUCAACAAUUUUGACUUUUGAGCUGAAAAAAACUUCAUGUAUGAAAAAAAAAAAAAAACCUCUUCUUCGACUGCUGGUCUGUUGAUUUCUGUUUGAGCCAAUUGGAUUUUGAUUCCGAGUAACAAAAUGAGCGUUAUCGACAUUCUAACCAGAGUUGAUUCGAUCUGCAAGAAGUACGACAAAUACGACGUCGACAAGCACAAGGAUUCCAAUAUCUCCGGUGAUGAUGCUUUUGCUCGACUCUACGCCGUAGUCGAAGCCGACAUCGAGGCAGCUCUCGAGAAAGCAGAAACUGCUUCCAAGGAGAAAAGUAGGGCAUCUGUUGUGGCCAUCAAUGCUGAGAUUCGUCGUACUAAGGCUCGGUUGCUGGAGGAGGUCCCCAAGUUGCAGAGAUUGGCCGUAAAGAAGGUAAAAGGGCUUUCAUCAGAAGAAUUUGCUGCUCGUAAUGAUCUAGUUCUUGUACUGCCAGAGAGGAUCCAUGCUAUCCCAGAUGGUACCCCUGCUGCACCCAAAAAAACAGGAGGUUGGGCUGCUUCUGCUUCACGUACUGAAAUUAGGUUUGAUUCAGAUGGUCAAUUUGACGGUGAAUACUUUCAACAAACUGAGGAAUCAAGUAAAUUCCGGCAAGAGUUUGAAAUGCGUAAAAUGAAGCAGGAUGAAGGUUUGGAUAUGAUUGCAGAAGGCUUGGAUACAUUGAAAAACAUGGCACACGAUAUGAAUGAGGAACUAGAUAGACAAGUUCCACUAAUGGAUGAGAUUGACGCGAAGGUGGACAAAGCAUCAUCUGACCUAAAGAAUACCAAUGUCAGGCUUAAAGACACAGUGAACCAGCUUCGAUCCAGUCGAAAUUUCUGCAUUGACAUUGUGCUGUUGAUUAUAAUUUUGGGAAUUGCUGCCUAUUUGUACAAUGUGCUGAAGAAAUGAUUUGAUACAGGAGGUUGUAUUGAAUUUGUUGGAUGUGGUCGUACGUGAGCCUGUGCCGUGUAUUUUCCUGAAAAUAUCAUGCUUGUGAGUUGUGAAGUUCCGUUCUGUUUUGUUUUUGUUUGUGUGUGUGUUUCUUCUGGCACUCGAGAGAUAUACAGAUAUGUGUCUGUCCUUUACAGUCAGGUCCCUUAUCCAUAUAUGGUGGAACGACCCGUUGCUAUGUCUAAUAGUUACGGUUCCUUCAUGUCCUUGCUUCACAAUAUCUACAGAUUUGGCGUUGAUAUUGAUGUCUUGGGGAUGCCUGUACAAAACACUAUUCGAUUAUAUUGUUCCAUUAACCUUGUAAACGCAUUGUUUACAUAAAGGACUUCGCAUCAUGAUUAUAUUCUUUAA